AUGCAAGCACCGAACCCCAGCGCCGGUCCUUCUGGAGCAAGAGCGAAAGCAAUCCCGACUCUCAGAGAUUCCGUGGUUGUUUCUAGCAGCUCCGCAGGUCUACGACAACCGCCAAAGCGCAAGAUCGAGAUCACCAACGACGACCAGUCGCUCUUGAAUAUCGAAUUUGACAUUGAUUUGGGACUCUUGAAACGAAACAUUCCGCCCCGCGAACUUUUCGAGGAAGAUAACGAAGCAUGGGACUGGGAGCAAGAAUUCUCCAAAAUCGCUGCUGAAUUUUCCGCGCAGCAGUCUGCCAGCAGCGCAAAACAGUCAAAGAAAGAGGUUAACAAGCAGGUUUCGUCUGUGCCAGCUUCCGCCCCGAUUCGCCUGUAA